AAGAGAGAGAGAGUCGGGAACCGGGAAUCAGAGAGAGUCAGUCUGUCUCUGGGAAGGGGGAACAUCUCUGCUUCACACUGAUUUGCACUGGGGGAGAGGCAUCCGUUGGCUUCAGACCCGGGGAGGAGAUCGGACCAGGUCACCCCGGUUGAGACUAAGUGCGUUGCCCCUCCCUCUCCCACCUCUCUACCCGGGAAUGUCUCGGCGAAAGCAGCGGAAACCCCAACAGUUAAUCUCGGACUGCGAAGGUCCCAGUGCGUCUGAGAACGGUGAUGCUAGCGAGGAGGACCACCCCCAAGUCUGUGCCAAAUGCUGCGCACAAUUCACAGACCCAGCUGAAUUCCUCACCCACCAGAAUGCAUGUUCUACUGAACCUCCUGUAAUGGUGAUAAUUGGGGGCCAAGAGAACCCCAACAACUCUAAUGCCUCCUCUGAACCCCGGCCUGAAGGUCACAGCAGUCCCCAAGUCAUGGACACAGAGAACAGCAACCCUCCAGAAUCCGGGUCCUCUGGACCAAAUGAUCCCACCUGGGGCCCAGAGCGGAGAGGAGAGGAGUCUUCAGGGCAUUUCCUGGUCGCUGCCACAGGUACAGCGGCUGGGGGAGGUGGGGGCCUGAUCUUGGCCAGUCCCAAGCUGGGAGCAACCCCAUUACCUCCAGAGUCCACUCCUGCACCACCCCCUCCACCUCCUCCCCCUCCACCCCCAGGUGUAGGCAGCGGCCACUUGAACAUUCCUCUGAUCUUGGAAGAACUGCGUGUGCUGCAGCAGAGGCAAAUCCAUCAGAUGCAGAUGACUGAGCAAAUCUGCCGGCAGGUGCUGCUGCUUGGCUCCUUAGGCCAGUCAGUAGGUGCCCCUGCCAGUCCCUCAGAGCUACCUGGGACAGGGACUGCCUCUUCCACCAAACCCCUACUACCCCUCUUCAGCCCCAUCAAGCCUGUUCAAACUGGCAAGACACUGGCACCUUCCUCCUCUUCCUCCUCCUCCUCAGGGGCAGAAACACCCAAGCAGGCUUUCUUCCACCUUUACCACCCACUGGGGGCACAACAUCCCUUCUCUGCUGGAGGGGUUGGGCGAAACCACAAGCCUACCCCUGCCCCCUCCCCUGCCCUUCCAGGCAGCACAGAUCAGCUGAUUGCCUCACCUCAUCUGGCAUUCCCAGGCACCACAGGACUACUGGCAGCACAGUGUCUUGGGGCAGCCCGGGGCCUUGAGGCCACUGCCUCCCCAGGGCUCUUGAAGCCAAAGAAUGGAAGUGGUGAGCUGAGCUAUGGGGAAGUGAUGGGUCCCUUGGAGAAACCAGGCGGAAGACACAAAUGCCGCUUCUGCGCCAAAGUAUUUGGCAGUGACAGUGCCCUGCAGAUCCACCUCCGCUCCCACACUGGUGAGAGGCCCUAUAAGUGCAAUGUCUGUGGCAACCGAUUUACCACCCGUGGGAACCUUAAGGUGCAUUUCCACCGGCAUCGUGAGAAGUAUCCACAUGUGCAGAUGAACCCACAUCCAGUGCCAGAGCACCUCGAUUAUGUCAUCACCAGCAGCGGCCUGCCCUAUGGUAUGUCUGUACCACCAGAGAAGGCUGAGGAGGAGGCAGCCGCACCAGGUGGAGGUAUGGAACGCAAGCCUCUGGUGGCCUCCACCACAGCACUCAGUGCCACAGAGAGCCUCACACUGCUCUCCACCGGGGCAGGGACAGCCACAGCUCCCGGGCUCCCUGCUUUCAAUAAGUUUGUGCUCAUGAAGGCAGUGGAACCCAAGAGUAAAGUUGAUGAAAACACUCCCCCAGGGAGUGAGGGCUCAGCCAUCAGUGGAGUGUCAGAAAGUGGCACAGCAACCCGCAUGCAGCUAAGUAAGCUGGUAACUUCACUACCAAGCUGGGCACUACUUACCAACCAUUUCAAAUCCACUGGCAGCUUCCCCUUCCCCUAUGUGCUAGAGCCCCUGGGGGCCUCACCCUCUGAGACAUCAAAACUGCAGCAGCUGGUAGAAAAGAUUGACCGACAAGGAGCUGUGGCAGUAGCCUCUACUCCAUCAGCAGCCCCUACCACCUCUACCCCUGCGCCUUCAUCCUCAUCCUCUUCUGGACCUAACCAGUGUGUCAUCUGUCUCCGGGUGCUGAGUUGUCCCCGGGCUCUACGCCUGCAUUAUGGCCAACAUGGAGGUGAGCGGCCCUUUAAAUGCAAAGUGUGUGGCAGAGCCUUCUCCACCCGGGGAAAUCUGCGUGCACAUUUCGUGGGCCAUAAGGCCAGUCCGGCUGCCAGGGCCCAGAACUCCUGCCCCAUCUGCCAGAAGAAGUUCACUAAUGCUGUCACUCUGCAGCAGCAUGUUCGAAUGCACCUGGGGGGCCAGAUCCCCAAUGGUGGUGCCACACUCCCAGAGGGUGGAGGAGCUGCCCAGGAAAAUGGCUCUGAGCAAUCUGCAGUCUCUGCGGUGGGAAGCUUCCCCCAGCAGCAGUCCCAGCAGCCAUCACUGGAAGAAGAAAUGUCUGAGGAAGAGGAUGAGGAUGAUGAAGAAGAGGAAGAUGUGACUGAUGAAGAUUCUUUAGCAGGAAGAGGCUCAGAGAGUGGAGGUGAGAAGGCAAUAUCAGUUCGAGGUGACUCAGAAGAGGCAUCUGGGGCAGAGGAGGAGGUGGGGUCAAUGGCAGCAGCAGCCACAGCUGGGAAGGAAAUAGACAGUAAUGAGAAAGCAAAUCAACAGUCUUCUCUGCCUCCACCUCCGCCUCCACCUGAUUGCCUGGAUCAACCCCAGCCCAUGGAGCAGGGCAGCAGUGAUAUUUCAGGAGGCAUGGAAGAGGGGGGUAAACUGGAGAGGAGCUCAAGCCCAGUAACAGCACUCACUUCAGAAAGGGAAGGCACCGGCACCCCCUUGGUGGAGGAGCUGAGCUUGCAAGAAGUCGUGAGAAAGGAGCCAGGAGAGAGCAGUGGCAGAAAGACCUGUGACGUGUGUGGCCAGACCUUUCCAACCCAGGCAGCUCUGGAGGAGCAUCAGAAGACACACCCCAAGGAGGGGCCGCUCUUCACUUGCAUUUUCUGCAGGCAGGGCUUCCUUGAGCGAGCUACCCUCAAGAAGCAUAUGCUGCUGGCUCACCACCAGGUACAGCCCUUUGCCCCCCAUGGCCCUCAGAAUAUUGCUGCUCUUUCCUUGGUCCCUGGCUGUUCACCUUCCAUCACUUCUCCAGGGCUCUCCCCAUUCCCUCGAAAGGAUGACCCCACAAUCCCAUGAGCCUGUUUUCUAUACCUGCUUCCCUUUGACCUAGGGAGCAGAAACUGAGAGCUCCAUAGAAGGACCUCCAAGAUUUAUGAACCCUUAUUUUGUCUUUUUUCUCUGAGUUCCUACAUCAGUGUCUCUAGUGGCUUUUUUUCUAGUCCCUGAGCUUGGAAAUUAUUGUGCUUACCAGGGGAUGGUUCCCUAAAGAAUUUUUCUCCCCUCUUCAUUCUUUUACCUGAGGAAAAUAGGUUAUCUAUGGCUUUCACAUUCUCAAGGGGAGCUCUCCUUUUCCCUCUUCCCUUUUCCUUUGGCAGGUGCACCUAAGCAUAAUGUUUGGAAUUACAGCCCAGCCCAAAGGGGCUCAUAACUGUCUCUGGAGGGCUCAUUGCCACUCCUCACUGGUGACCAGGUUGCUCUGCAGGAUUUCUUGUCCCAGGACCUUCUGCCUAGCUGUUGUGUUGGGGGGGUGUUGGGUUCCAUACCUUCUGCAACCAGUGCAUAGCUUUCCAGUCAUGUGGCCUGCCCACAAAGCCCUGGAGUUCCAGCUCCACACCUCUAUUACCACUUUAGGCCUGGCACCACUAGUGCUGUUUGGUUCAGGAACUGUGGUGGAGAAGGUGGCCCCAACAAUGGAAUCCAGAGAAGCCAAGAAGACAGCCUCCUUUCCUUAGGCAGUGCGUGCCUAAGAAGCCCAUCAGAAAAAAAAGAAGCAACAAACUGCAUGUUCCUUCUCCUUCCUCCUGCUUGAGAAGGUUUUGUCAAUGAAGAUGUUCCAGUAAUUGGUGGUUUGACCCUAGGAGGUAGGGAGAGAUGAAGGGCAUAGUAUAUUCUUCCCAGUAAAGCCCUUGAGAGGCACAUUAAGGCAAAGGUGUUGUCGGGUUAGUAUAAUGGCACAUCCCCAGCUUCUCAAUCAUCAUGGAUUCUUAAAGUUGGGAAACAAGCAGAUUUCUUGCCAAGUGACUCUUAUGGGGUACUUUGGGAAACACAAAGUUAGUUUGUAUCUUAAUGAGCAUUAUUGGUAAGGGUGAUUGUGAAGUAGUGGAGAGUUGAGGAAUGUUGCUGAAGUAUAGGGCUUGCUGGGAAUUUAGGUGAUUAAGAAAGGGAUGUGAUAUGAAGGAGGGAACCUUGAAUUCUUGUGAAUGUGAACAUUUUCAUGAAUGUUCUUUUUGGGCUACUAGUGAUAUAGUUUGCAGCAGUGCACCAGGGAUCAGGGAUCAUGGGGGAUUUCCUAGCACUAGUGUGCUUCUAGUUUUAGAUAAGUCCCUCCUUUAUUACCUGGCCCCUUGUAUUUUCCUCAUUCUCCCCUCUCAAAACCCAUUUCCUUCCCAGUUUGCCUGAUCAUGGACCAGGGCUUAUGUCUUUGCCACUGUCUGGUUCUUAGAGCCCCAGACUUUGGGAGACAAGCUCCAGGUGAUUCCUUCCUGCCUCUGUCUUGUAAUGAGAUGUAGUGCUUACUCUUAACAUAGGAUUUUUGGGAACAGGAGUUCUAAGGAGGAGAGAGUGAGGGCUCUGCUGUUAAGUGAUAGCUUCUCCUCUGAAGUAGUGGGCUCCAAUGCUUCCUAACAUAGUGAAAGCAGACAGGGGAGAUGCUAGUGUCUUCCCCUCCAUCAUUAAAGUGUUUUGACCAAAUAUUUGUGUGUUUCUC